ACCAAUGACCUCAUCCCUGCUUCAAGUUUUACUGAACAGAAAAAAAACCUUCCUUCUGUGUAUUUUUUAUAUGAACUAGCUUUACUUCUCUCCUUGUGUCACGCUAAGAUUACAAACUGGCUACACAGAACACCGAACGAGGAGACUUUGAAUCGCGUUGGAGCCUCGAGUUUGUUGAAGAGAUGCAGGAAAGUUGUUUUGACUCGGGUACUGAUUUUCCAUUCAGAAUGUUGAGUUGGAAAUAUAGGUGAAGAAUGAUGUAAAACUGAAUUAUCCUUUGCACCCGUGAGGUGAUGCUGUCCCAGAGCAACCCACAGUAAGGUUGUUGUCCAACAACAGGAUAUCAGCAGUAAAAAGGCUUGAGCGUUAUAGACUGUUGAAAUGGAUUUUAUUUUUCUAGGUCAAUUGCAAUCUACGUGACGUUAUAGAUUUCUUCUGUAAUGAAGGGGCUGAUUCUUUAAGUACAAUUUACCCAUAAUUUGGGGACAGUCUAGUGUCACCAUGGCUGAUGAAAAAACCAGGACUCAAAUGGUAACUGCUGAGAAGCUGGUGGGACUGCUGGAAAAUGGCAUAGAGAGAGUGCUGGUUAUUGACAGUCGUUCUUUUGUUGAGUACAAUGCCUCACAUAUCUUGGAUGCUGUGAAUAUUAAUUGCUCAAAGCUCAUGAAAAGAAGACUGCAGCAAGACAAAGUACAAAUAAUAGAACUCAUCCAGCAUUCUGCAAAACAAAAGAUUGUGUUUGAUAAUGAACAAGAGGUGGUGGUAUAUGAUCAGUGUACACAAGAUGUCAGUGCGAUUUCCUCGGAUUGCUUUCUUUCUGUUCUUCUGAGCAAACUGGAGAAGAGUUUUAACAACGUGUCCCUCCUCAUAGGUGGAUUUGCUACAUUUUCAUCUAGCUUCUCAGGUCUCUGUGAAGGAAAAUCUACUCUAGUGCCAACAAGCAUUUCACAGCCAUGCUUACCUGUAACCAACACUGGCCCUACUCGCAUUCUUCCUCAUCUUUAUCUUGGUUGCCAACGAGAUGUGUUGGACAAGGAGCUAAUGCAACAGAUUGAUAUUGGCUAUGUCCUCAAUGCAAGUAACACAUGCCCAAAACCUGACUUUAUCCCAGAGAGUCACUUCCUACGAGUUCCAGUCAAUGACAGCUUUUGUGAGAAGAUCUUGCCUUGGCUUGACAAGUCGGUAGAAUUUAUAGAGAAAGCAAAGGCAUCAAAUGGCUGCGUGUUGGUGCACUGCUUGGCUGGAAUUUCCCGUUCUGCCACCAUUGCCAUAGCUUAUAUAAUGAAGAGAAUGGAUAUGUCACUAGAUGAAGCUUAUAGAUUUGUAAAGGAGAAGAGACCAACCAUUUCACCCAACUUUAACUUUCUUGGCCAGUUGCUGGAUUUUGAGAAAAAGUUGAAGACUCAGACUGGACAAACAGGAACCAUUACCAAACUAAAAUUCCUGCAGUUAGAGCGACCUGGGGAACAGAGGAUGACCCAGGAUAGUGGCUAUUUUGAUACCGUAACAGAAAACCAAGCUUUUAUAUCCACUACCUCAGAGACUAUGGAUCAGAACCCUACUGCACCUAUUACACCUUUAUCUGCACUUAUGGAAUCCACUGUUUCCACUCUGGAAGAAGAACAUUUUCUGGCUCAAGGAAUCAAUGGACUUAGUCUGUCCUUGGACAGACUAGAGGACAACAACCGGUUAAAACGUUCAUUUUCAUUAGACAUUAAGUCUGUAUCGUAUCCUAUAAGUGCUAGUGGAGGUGCUAAUUCUGCACCAAUUGCUGCUUCUGCGGAAGAUAGUUGUGAUCCUUUGAAGGAAUCAAAUGCAGGUGAAUCGAGCCGGUUCUGUUUCUUCUCAUCAGCUCAGAAAGAAGUGGAACAGCUUUCAGAACACACUACACCUAUUGUGGUGGAAGUAAACACGAAACAGCCACAAACCAUAUGGGAACAAGGAACACCAAAAAGUGCAGCUAUUCCUUCAGCACAAACAGCGUCAAGCACAAACACAAUGCCUAGAACACUCCUGUACCCCCUGCACAGAAGUGGUAGCAUGGAGGAUAACUACAGAACAAACUUCCUCCUAGGUCUUUCUAGUAGCCAACAGCAUUUAGCAACAUCUGCAGCAGGAAUGGGGCUCAAAGGAUGGCAUUCAGAUAUACUCUCACCUCAAACUUCAACUGCAUCAUUAGCCAAUACCUGGUACUUUGCAACAGAAGCGUUGGCAGGCCAAUCUCCCCAGUUUUUGUCAAGUUCCACUCUGUUUGGUGGUGCCACAGCCUACUCAGCAUUUAGCUGCAGUCAACUACCAUCAGGCUGUGACCAGUCAGGGACGGUGCGUCGGCGUGAGAAGCACUGUGACCGCCGAGAUUCCAGGCGCAGCUGGCAUGAGGAAAGCCCAUAUGAAAAACAAUACAAACGCCGCAGCUGUCAAAUGGAAUUUGAAGAAGGCAUGAAUGAAAGCAGGUCCCGGGAGGACCUGGGAAAAAUUGGAAGUCAGUCCAGCUUUUCUGGCAGCAUGGAGAUCAUUGAAGUUUCCUGAAGAAUGCUAAAAUACAGACUCUGGUGAUUCAGUCAAGUUAUGAUUCACAUGUAGACAGUUUCUGCAAAACUGCACUUCAUAACUUCAGCCAGGGACUUCAAUAAUCUAGAAUAUUGUUGCUCAAGUGCUACAGAUGAUGACUGUUCAAUCAAUUAAUUCAACAUACAAAUAUCUUAUCUAAUCAAUGCAAUUUUGCAUAAUUGUCAGGCUUUCUGUAUGCAUUGGAAAAAUCCAGUUAGCAUUAUGUAAUUGUCCAAUAAUGCACUUUGCCUCUGAAGACUGAGCCAAGUUCCAUGGAGAUUUCUUUUAAAUUCCAGACAAGCUGGCAGAAUCUGGAUAUCUGGUGUAAUCUUAGCUUAUCUGAUGCAAAUGUCUUUGCAUCUGUAAAUAAAUGGUGUAACUAUCUUGAUUUGAAUUUAUGGAUAGGUAAUGUGCCAGUGCUGCUUAGAGCAAAUACCUCAGAAUUUUAAAGCUUAUACUGUAUGUAGUAUUCAGCAAAUCAAAUCUCAGGUCUUACUUGAUACAGAUGAGAUUUCCAGUUUUUGGCUAGGUUUGAAUUUAAAUUGCUAAUGUGGACUGCUAAAUUAGCACUGAGAAAACAUCUGUGUGUACAUUUACUUGUGGCCAUAUAAUAAUAAGACUGAAUCAAAAACAAGCAGAGGUAUAAAUAAAACAGAUAAGUGAAUUGUAUGCAGAGUGCAUGAGAUGCAGGUUAGAAUGUUUGUGGGAGUCCUCUGGUGGAGAUGUGCUGGGAACUUGUUCAGGAUGGUACAACGUGUCUGCACAUGAAGCUAUUUUGUUCAAAUGUGUAAUGUAUGAAGCGUUGUCAAUGGAUAACUGACAAAAAGUUCUUCAUCUUGAGGUGAAAUGAUAAGCACAUUUUUAAAUAAAAUCUGAGAUGGUACCUGUUA